GUAAAAGAAAUGCCUAACAACCGAUACAAGUAUAACGAUGAUCACACUUAAAUAAAAAUAGAUGCAUUAUUUUUUUAAACUAUUCGAUAUAACAAAUAAAACGGUUACUGCAGGUCAGCCUGUUGUGUACUACCAACCUUUACCAAAGGGGGGCAAACACUUCCCAACAUGUCCAGUUGCCAUGCUAGCGAAAGCUAGCGAAGAAGGCGCCAGCUGAGCUCCUGUCAUUCACGUUCGUAGCUAACGUCGUCACGUUUAUUGCCAAAGAAAUAUUUAACAGCGCUCCCGUUUUGAUGCUUUCCCACUAAAAUCCCAUUUGAAGCCAACAUAGUUAUGUUUAGCUUCGGUUAAAUAUUUAAUACAGUCCAGCAGCUUGGCUUGCACCUCGUUAAGGGUGAGUAGGAGACGUGUGGGCAGACGUUAGCUAUUAUGUCGAGAGUUAUUAACCUGAAAUUAUGGACGUAAUAUCGAGUAAAGUACACUCGCCUCAUUAUUUGUAUGUUUAGUGUGCAAGACAGCUGAGCCAUGGCCAACGCUCAGUCUGCUCUGAAGAUGGCCGUGUGCCUCCUCGUGAUAGCAGAGCUGCUCCUUGCCAAGAAAGACUAUUACGACAUACUGGGAGUGCCAAAAGACGCCACUGAGCGGCAAAUCAAGAAAGCUUUUCACAGGCUCGCCAUGAGGUACCAUCCCGAUAAGAACAACAGUCUCGACGCAGAAGUGAGAUUCAGGGAAAUUGCAGAAGCUUAUGAGACGUUAUCUGAUGCGACCAGAAGAAGAGAGUAUGACCAGUUUGGUGGCGGCGCUUAUUUCAAGGCAGGGACGCAAAUGAGGCGGCGCCCGCACCAACCUUUCACCUUCAAAUUCGACGACAUCUUCAAAGACUCCGACAUGUACAGCCACAAUGACAGGCACGCUCGGAACAAGCAAUACUUCGACGAACAUUCCAAGAGAGAAUCCCACGGCCGACACAGGAGACACUUUCAAGGGGCUGGCGUCUUUGGUGACGUGUUUGACGACAUCGAGAAGAUGUUCGCCUUCCACAGGCACCCCACACGGACUGAAAGUGUCUUUCGCGCUACUUCCAAACAACACUGUAGAACUGUAACACAGCGCAGAGGGAAUAUGGUGACCACGUACACAGACUGCACUGCAUCCUAGGGUGCAAAAGCUACUGGUGUACAAUACAUUUGUAAUGAUGAGAAAGAUACUGUACGUUUAAAAGUGACGAGCGUUACAACGGGGGGGGACAAUUUCUGCAAAGUUUGUAGUAAAUUUCCAUGAAAAAUUAAAGGGAGAGUUUGCCGUGUUAAAACCACUGCAAGAUUUGAAUGUAGCAUCAUUUCAUUAAUCCCUUAUGUCAGGGCUGUCAAACUCUUUAUUUGUCUCGGGUUGCAUUGUAGUUAUGAUUUCCCUCAGAGGGCUGUUGGAACCGUGAAACCAUAUGAAUGUUUAAUCAUCACCAAAACAUUAUUACCAUUACACAACAAAUUGAGGGAUAACUAGUUUUGAAAUCAGAAGACAAGGAUAAUAGUUUGUUCAAGUAUUGUUUAAGUUACUGUAGAAGAAGGGUUUGGUCACAGAAAAAUGCAAUAUCUCAACAUUAAUGUUUAUUAUUAUGACAAUUUGGAAUUUGGGUACAGAUUUUAGCAAAAAUCGUGGAAGUUGACGAGCAUGAUUUGCUUUCGCGGGCCACAUAAAAUGAUGUGCCUGGUCGCAUCUGGCCCCCGGGACUUUGAGUUUGACACCAAUGCCUUAUGUGCACGAGUGCAAUUCUCAAACAUGGCCAUUCAUAACAGCAUGGAUUUAUGAAAGUGCAUAGUUGUGAUAAUUACAGAAAACACAUAUUCAGCUUCAAUAAAAUAGCAGCGCUAGCAAUAGUAUGUCAGCAUUAGCACUGACAAGUUGAUGUUAACCAGACUUGCUAUGUUGUGCUACGUUGGUUGCACGACUUUUUCACGUUGCUAUCACACUAAAUGCUAUCAGUUUGAAGUUGUAUUUGUAGGAAUGAACAAUUAAUUCAAAAUCAAAAAGAGGUGAUAAACUUAUCAGUUGUGCAGAAAUGUUGCAAAUCCAUGUUGCUUCUUGAACUGUCUGAGGUCCCUUCACUUUGCUUGUUUUUGUUAGUCUUAUGCUUAGUUGUUGGCAAAUGAGGGAUGGGAUUUUUGUUUUAAUUUUCCGGAGGUGGAUCUUCCGCCAUAGUUUUAGCAAAGCUGAAGCACAAGAUAACAGGUCAGUGGGAGGCUGCGGGGUUUGCUCGCUUGAAUGUGGCCACGAGUUCACGGCAAAUGACUGACACCUCGUCAGUCAUGCCUUAUGUCUCUGAUUGGUUGUUUUUCGCCCGACGUAGUGGUUUCUUAAAAAUCUAAUCGUUUUGGAAUAUUGGUUUUCAUCUCUGGCUCACAGUUCUGAGGUUCAGGGUUUGAAUCUCUGCUUCAACCGUCCUGUGUGGAGCUUGCAUUGGUUCUUGUCCCUUGCAAGCCCACUUUUGUUUUUAUUUAUUUUUUGCAUUAUUGUCCACUUUAUUUUCUCACAUCACGGUGUCGACAUUUUGAUAUGACUUUAAGCACCUCUAUGUAAUGGUUAAAAUUUUUUUUUUUUUUUAAAAAGCUAUUUUUCUUAACGCGCCCCUUGCUAAACAACCAAAUAUUUUUGUAUUUCUAUUAGUGCUAUUUAUAGUUUAAGGCCCCAUUCAAGAUAUUAAAUAAAAACUUCUUUAUUAACCAGAUACCGAAUGCAUUUUUAUUUGUUUCAAUAAAAAUAAACAACCAUGUUUAAGUUAUGAAUGAAAGUUAAAUAUGUAAUGUAACAAUUACUACAAACUUAAGUUAGAAAGUUUAAAGUAUUUUUUUUUCUGUUUUUGAGACUAAUUUUGCUUGAAAUUAAUCAUGACUGUGGUUUGCAUUUCAUUUGAAAUGUUAUGCACUGGGUUAAGCGGUGCAGUACAUAUUGCACAGUACAUAUAUUAAAAAUGUCACAAUGCCUCCAAUCUAGUAAACCACAGAACAGUAUAGUACGAAUAGAAAAGAGAAACUGUUUUCCUCGUGACGUCAUUCCUUAGUAGUGAUAUAAAAGUGAUAGAACAUGACUUGCUUUUUUUCAGUCUAUUAUGUGCAACAUUUCUGGGUUUGAUAUUGUAAAAAGAUCAAAUCCAAGCACUUUUUAUAUAAGUUUGUGAAUAGCUUCCUUUGAUUUUUAAAAUAUGGCAUGACUAUUAAAAAGUUCAGAUCAAAUAUCUCCUGGUUAUUUUUUUUAAUGAGUUAACAGUUUUGUAGACAAACUGGUAUAUAACAGUUUACCCUUCAUUGAAUUACUGUUAUUGUGCCUGGCACUAGGCCAAUGUUGGGAUUUAUUUAUUUAUUUUAUUGGGGGGUGAAUUCACAU